AUGGACAGGAAUACCUGUUUAUGGUGGAAGAAUUGCCACAACCUGGGCUUUGCUUUUGUUUAUUCUGUUAUGUUGUUUGGAAGCAGCCGCAAUAUGGAAACUGAUACGCUUAUUAACUGGUGUUGCGAAAGCUUAGUGGCAAGAUUAUCAGGCUCGAUAUUUUAUGCAAAUGGCCUAAUAUCUCUAAUCCUUACAUGGAGGUUCAUCGGUUCUUGGGAUGAUUUAUCACAACAUUGGUUAAGAAAUGAAUUGUCAUCGGGUUUGAAUAUAGCAUCAGAUAAAUAUAUUAAAAGGAAUGUUAUUAUUGUCACCAUAUUUGUUAGCGUAUGUGCAAUUGUGGAACACAUAUUCAGUAUGAUUGCGGCGAUUGGUUUUCGAUGCUGUUCUCUUAAAGAAUGUUUCAAGACAUAUAUUUUAAUAUCACAUGGAUUUUUACUACAAAAUUAUGAAUAUAACUUAUGGUUGGCGAUUCCAAUUUUUGUUUUAAGUAAAUUGGCAACUGUUUUGUGGAAUCUACAAGAUUUGAUCAUAAUAUUGAUGAGUAUGGGCUUAAUAUCUCGAUACGAUAUGUUAAAUAUCUACACUAGAAUGUUAGUUCAACGUGAAUAUCAGAAGACACAGAACUAUAAUAAACUAACGUAUCUACACAUCGAUCAAUGGCGUAAGCUACGACGAGCGUACGCGCGUCAAGCAAACUUAGUGCGCGAGCUAGAAAGACACCUGGGACCAUUAGUUCUACUAUCGAACUUGAAUAACUUGUAUUUCAUCUGUCUACAACUUUAUCUUGGCAUAAGAAUAAUGACGAGAUCAUGGAUAAGUCGUACGUAUUACUUACUAUCUCUGACUUGGCUGCUGUCUCGGGCAUGUGGUGUUGUGUUAGCCGCCGCUGCUAUCAUUUUGCACUCAAAAAAGGCUUUACCUUGUUUAAGAUCUUGCUUGAGUGCGGCUUAUAACGUAGAGGUAAAAAGAUUGAUUACCCAAUUAACAUACGAUAAUGUUUGUUUAACUGGGAUGCAAUUGUUUUCUUUGUCCAGACAAAGUUUACUAGAGGUAGUUGCAACAGUCAUCAAAUACGAGCUAAUAUUAUUGCAAUUUGAUAAAUAA